GUAAACAGUUUAGAGCGGCAAUAGGCGCAUUGAGUUAAAGCAGAAUGUUUUACAUUUGUCACAGCACGGCUAUUCCUUGGCAUUUGAUGAUCCGAAAUUGCAAAACGCUAAUGUUCUUCAUUCGUCAUGCCAUAAUUUUUCAAGUUAUAUUUAGCCCAGCUAUGGUCAUUCGAAGCCGUCAAGUCGAAGGUGACGAAGAUAUCCUUGUCCAACAGACUAUAAACUCAAGCACUGCCUGGGAGUUUAUUGCAGGAAACGGGAGCAAUAUGUACGUGCUCUACCGGAACUUCAACACGAGUAACUCAUCAUGUAUCAUGGCUUCACGGAUAGCACUUGAUGAGAGUACUCAUGAGGCCGAAUACAGAACUAGGUGGUACAACCUGACAGCAGCACUGCCACGGCAAAUCGUGUCUCUAUACAAAACCAGCGAGCAGACCCUCACAGCGACGCAGUGUUAUGGAUCGUAUGGCAACUCAACGAACAACUACACUAUCAUGUACACCGAUGGCAGCUGCGCAGUGGUGAUUGUUCACCACCAAAUCGAAGCUGCUGUAGGCUGUAAAAACGCAUGCGAAAUGUGGGCCAGAGAGGGAAGCGUGGAUGCCUGGAAUCCGCAAUGUGACCUGGUCUAUAGAGAAGAGUGUGGGAACAGAAAUAUCACCAUGUACGACGAGAAGUACUGUCAAGAAAUACUUAACUACUUUGUAAACACCACUACAAAAGACAAGCCAAGCAGUGAAUGUUAACUGGAAUAAUUUCUAAUUUUAGACAGUUAAUAAUCUAGUACAGAAAUUACUCUGAAGUUGUAAACUGCAUGAGAUUACAUGCAUGUUUGAUGAGAUUGAUCGAGCGAUGCAUGCAUCAACCAAAUCUAAUACCAAAGCACUUCUACGCUAAAGAGGAACCGGGGCCAAUCGUACAAUCACGAUUGGCGCGUCUUCAACAGGGUUGCACUUGAGUUUGAGCACUAGUACGUGCGACUCGCACACCACGUGAAUGGC